AGAUGCUUAGACACUCGAGAGCAGUUUGGGCUGGCUGGAAACCUGUAGCAGUAAAUACCAAUAGCAAAACCUGCUGUAAGACUGCAUCCAACAGGAAAAGGAGAAAACAAGGUUUCUAAAAGGAGGUACUUGUCGGAACGUUGUACAUUUGUGGUUGUAUUAAAGUUUUUCUUCAUUACCCAUUCAAGCCGUCUCCAGCCAUUAUUAGUCUCAAAGUGGGUUCCUCGUCAUCGAAGUUAUAAUGAAGAUUCUAUCAGCUGUAUUGGGGAUUUUGCUGAUUGUUACGGCAGCAGUAUCUCACGAGUAUUUCACAGCAACCACUAGUUUGAUCAACCUUUUGCAGUCCGAACAUACAAUAAUCAAUGUUCUUCAGGACUACGUAUCAGGGGUGGAAAAACAUAUCGAAGUGAUAAAACAAUUUAUCAACAGUAGAAGAUCUGUUGGAGAGGAGGUAGACGAGAUGGCAGAUUAUGUAGCCAAUCCGAUCCAGGCUUACUCUUUAAUUAAACGAAUGACAAUCGAUUUGAAAGCAGUGGAAGAAAGCACCCAGGUCAUGGCUACACCAGAUUAUGUGCCUAACAUAUCAUACUUCCGAUCUGCGUUCUACUUACCACAAGAAAGUGAUCUUCACGGCGCUGCUAAUGCUCUGCUUCUUCUUCAAGAGACGUACAAACUGAACAUGUCUGCCAUGGUUCGAGGCUUUCUGCAAAGUAAUGGUCCGAUAUCUCCAUUUCAAGCAGAAGAACAACUGACAGCACGAGAUUGCCUGUAUUUGGGAAAGAACUCUUUCAACCAAGGCCACUACGAUAAUGCGAUUGACUGGUUUAAGACUGCGUUAACAAAAGCGGAAGACGAGCAUAAUAUAACAGUCAGUCGUGAAGAAAUACAGGCGUUUUUAGAUAUAGCCGUUUACGCGCAUAACGAAAUCUUGAAAGAAAGAAAAGACAUAAGUAUUAUGCCUGUCAUAUUUUUCAAACACUAUUUCUUAUUCAGUCCUUUGGGGCCUUUUCAACUUAGGCCUCUGGAGUGGGAGAAGAAUCUUCGCUGUCGAUAUUUCAAAGGUUAUCAUCCAUAUUUGUUGUUACAACCAAUCAAACUUGAGGAGAAGUCCAAGAAACCGUAUAUAGCGCAGUUGUAUGACGUCAUCAGUGAUAAAGAAAUUCGAAAAAUGCAAAACUUGAGCAUGCCUUACCUUCAAAGAUCCACUCAUUAUGGAUACAGCGGGUUUUACGAAGCUUCGCAGAAGAGAACGAGCGCCAACACUUGGCUUGCAGAAGAUCAAGACCCACUUGCUGAGAGAUUGGAUAACAGGUUGAAAAUGAUUACAGGAAUGGCUUCUAGAUACAGACAUUAUGAAGCAGAAGCUUACCAAAUUGCAAAUUAUGGAAUUGGUGGUCAUUAUGUACCACAUCAAGAUUUUAUACAGAGUAUAAAAGACAAUCUUUUCCAGCUUGAUGACUUUGAAGCACGUGCUGGAGACAGAAUAGCAACGUGGAUGUUCUACUUAUCGGAUGUGGAGGCUGGGGGCGCUACAGUAUUUCCUUAUGUUGGAGCGGUGGUGAGGCCAAAGAAGGGCUCUGCUGUUUUCUGGUGGAACUUGAAAAGAAAUGGCGAAGGUGAUGCUAUGACAUAUCAUGGAGCGUGCCCAGUUUUACGAGGGUCUAAGUGGGUGAGCAACAAGUGGUUCAGGGUGAAUGCCCAGAUGUUCCGGAAGCCAUGUAGUCUGAAUGAAGAUACUUACUUCACGGAUCUGUAAAACUUUGUGAUACUCAAAUGGAGAGAAAGAGAGGCGUUUGAAACCACAGAAGAAAAGUAAUAUUUUGAAUUAUAUGUUGCAGUAAGACUCUUCAGCUUCGAACAGUUACUGUUAAUAACUGAAACAAGUACAAAACGAGAAGCAUGUAAUAAAUGUCUUUGGAAAUAACCUUAUUUGUUUAAAUCUGCAGCUUUGGUGCGCUACAAAACUACAGUGGACUAUCUGUGUUGUGCGAACCCUCGAGACUACGUGCAAUGAGUGAGGCAAAGUUUAUAGAACCAGUAUAAUAUGCUUUCACCAUGCAAGGGUACUUUAUACUAUCUGAAUCAAUAAGGAAUAAGUAAUAAAAAAGUUCAUUUGAUGAUUUACCAGUUUUGGUGAGAAGCGCGAGUCUUGUUAAUUCAGAUGUGUCAUGUAUGCAGAUUUUCUGUUCUUUUGCUACCCGUGAUCAAAGAAGAAAGAUAAGAUUUAAAAUUUACAACACAAAUCUUAAUAUCAAGUUUAAAGUCUAUGGUGUAUUAAACACCCUCCACCCGAUAUUUAGUAUUGCACUGUUCUACAUAAACACGUGAAUAUGCUGAUCAUUUUUCUGAUCACGUUUGCACCAAGUUACAAAAUAUACACUGACUAGGAAAGAAAAAAAUAUGUAAGCAUUACAAAACAAAUACUCGGUAUUGCACUUGUUCAAAAUAAACCCAAUAGAUUUCUGA